AUGAAGAUGAUCGCGCCCUGGACGCGCUUCUACUCCAACAGCUGCUGCCUGUGCUGCCAUGUGCGCACCGGCACCAUCCUGCUCGGCGCCUCGUACCUGGUCAUCAAUGCUGUGGUGCUGCUGAUUCUGCUGAGCUCCCUGGCCUACCCCAGCCAGCACCGCUUCUCAAGUCCGGAGCUGGGCGACCUGGAGUUCAUGGACGAUGCCAACAUGUGCAUUGCUGUCGCAAUCUCUCUCCUCAUGAUCCUGAUCUGUGCCAUGGCUACGUACGGAGCGUACAAGCGCCGGGCGGCCUGGAUCGUCCCCUUCUUCUGUUACCAGAUCUUCGACUUCGCCCUGAGCGCCCUGGUGGCCAUCACCGUGCUGGUCUACCCCAGCUCCAUCCAGGACUACAUCCGGCAGCUGCCCCCUGAUUUUCCCUACAAAGAGGACGCCAUGUCCGUGAACUCCACCUGUCUGGUCCUCAUUGUCCUUCUGUUUAUCAGCAUCGUCUUGGCUUUCAAGGGUUACCUGAUCAGCUGCGUAUGGAGCUGCUACCGCUACAUCAAUGGCAGGAACAACUCCGACGUGCUGGUGUACGUGACCAGCAACGACAGCACGGUGCUGCUGCCCCCAUAUGACGAUGCCACUGUGACCGGCAUCGCCAAGGAGCCGCCGCCCCCCUACGUGUCCGCCUGA